CGUCUCGGGUGGCACCGACGCAUUGACAUAAAACGACAGUUUAGGGUUCGUCUAGCUCCAUUUAGCGCUGUGGUUGUUGCAGAAGUUAGCGCCGGAUGUCUGGCUCUCCCGCUUCUCUGGUCAAUGUAGCUCGUUUUGUCCACAGCUAUUCGACAGCGCUAGUUAUCCGAGGCUGUUGUUAAUUGGGUUUGGUUUGGCUGAGUAUGGAUUCCGGCCGGAGGAGAGACGCCGGGAGUUGGGACUGGGACAGCGCACGGUGCCGCGCUCAGCUGGACGAGGUCUUCUUUCGCCAGCAUGACUACGUACAAGCGGGCAGUUCCGAGCACAAGGAGUUCUGGGCCUUCUUUGAACGUUUCCAGCGGUUCAAGACCAAAAAAGAGAUGUCGGGAGCCGGGAGCGGCCGAAGCGACGAUGGUAAAGAAAGGAAAGAGACGGACCCUGCAGGUGUAGAUCUCGGCCUCCCCAAAGAGUACGACGCCCGGUAUCGGAUCAAUAUAUCUGUGUGCACCAGGGACAUAGAGGAGCGUCUCGGGAGGUCCGAACACAGACAGAGCUCAUCCGGGCCGGGGAGUCGGGAGAUCGCGGAUUGUCGGUUGGCUUUCUUGCACUUCCUAGACUUCUGCCAGAAGCAAAGUUUCGGCAAACUCGCCAAGCUGCGCCGGGAGCAGAAGAAUCUACCCAUCUACCAGUACCGGGACCGGAUCGUGGAGCUUGUGCGGCGGCACCCAGUCGUGGUAGUGGCGGGAGACACGGGGUGCGGGAAGUCCACCCAGGUGCCGCAGUACCUUCUCUCCUCCGGCUUCAGCCACAUCGCCUGCACGCAGCCCCGACGCAUCGCCUGCAUAUCCCUGGCCAAAAGGGUGAGCUUCGAGAGCCUCAACCAGUAUGGCUCAAAGGUGGGCUACCAGAUCCGCUUCGAAACAACCCGCACACCUGCCACCAAACUGCUCUUUCUGACAGAGGGUCUACUACUAAGGCAAAUCCAGCAGGAUGGAGCCCUUGCUCAGUACCAGGCUCUCAUUGUGGAUGAGGUGCACGAGCGGCACCUGCACUGUGACUUCCUGCUUGGCGUUUUGCGUUCUCUGCUGGCCAGCCGUCCAGACUUACGCCUGAUUCUCAUGUCUGCCACCAUCAACAUCAAACUCUUCUCUAGCUAUUUUAGCCAAGCACCUGUCCUGCAAGUGCCAGGCAGGCUCUUUCCCAUACAGGUGAUCUAUCAGCCCAUUCCUCCUGAGGAGCAGUCCUCGCGUUCAGAGAAGCUGGACCCGAGACCUUAUCUGCGGAUCCUGCAGGGCAUCGACCAGCGCUACCCACCUGAAGAGCGGGGCGAUCUGCUGCUCUUCCUCAGCGGCGUGGCAGAGAUAUCCACCAUCCAGGAAGCUUGCCAGAUAUACGCCACCCACACCCGUCGCUGGAUAGUCCUACCGCUGCACAGCACCCUCUCGCUGGCCCAGCAGGAUAAGGUGUUUGACAUUGCUCCCCCAGGGGUGAGAAAGUGCAUCAUCUCCACAAACAUUGCAGAGACCUCAGUCACCAUCGACGGCGCACGCUUCGUCGUUGAUUCUGGAAAGGUGAAAGAGAUGAGUUUUGAUCCCAAGGCCAAGAUGCAGCGUCUGCAGGAGUUCUGGAUAAGCCGAGCCAGCUCGGAGCAGAGGAAGGGCCGAGCCGGGCGGACGGGUCCGGGAGUGUGUUACCGUCUCUAUGCCGAGUCCGACUACGACGCCUUUGCACCUUACCCUGUCCCUGAAAUCCACAGAGUGGCUCUGGACUCCCUCAUACUCCAGAUGAAGAGUAUGUGCCUUGGAGAUCCACUUUCUUUUGUCUUCAUCGAUCCACCUCCGACUGCCAGUAUCCAGACAGCAGUGACCUAUCUGAAGGAGCAGGGGGCGCUGGACAGCCGUGGUGAGCUCACCUCCAUCGGGAGCUUACUGGCACAGCUGCCUGUGGAUGUGGUCAUAGGGAAGAUGCUGGUGCUGGGCUGUUUGUUCGACCUGGUGGAGCCGGUGCUGACGGUGGCGGCAGCCCUCAGCGUCCAGUCGCCCUUCCUGCGCAGCGCACAGCACAACCCGGACUGCGUCACUGCCCGCCAGCCCCUGCAAAGCAGCCAGGGAGACCCCUUCACGCUCCUCAACACCUUCAACGCCUGGGUGGAGGUGAAGGGUGAGCGAGGUGGAGGUUCAAGAAAAUGGUGUAGGAGGAGAGGCCUGGAGGAGCAGCGGCUCUACGAGAUGGUCAACCUGCGCAGGCAGUUCAAGGACCUGCUGAAGAGCCACGGCCUGCUGGACUCAGAGCACGGCACUCCCUCUGGUGGCAACCGGGGGCAGCGCAGGGAGAGGCUGACGGAGAGGAGGAGGCUACAUCAGCUGAAGAGAGACCACGAGCUGCAGGAGGGCAGCAGGCGUAAGGUGCUGAAGAUGGAGGAGGGCCAGGAGGGGGAGGGCUCCUCGGGGUCCGACGCGGAGGAUGCAGGCCGAGGCAGGAAGGAGAAGGACGGCGUGAAACAGAACAUGGAUAUACAGGAAGUAAAGUUCAAAUUGCGCCACAACGUGUCAGAGCUGCAGGAGGCGGCCAACGUCAGCCAGGACCUGUCCUCGCGCCAACAGGCUCUGCUGAAGCUGCUGCUCUUCCGGGGCCUCUUCCCACAGCUGGCCGUGCCCGACGAACACAACACCACGCGCAAAGACUCGGACCAGGUUUUCCAUACCAGGAAUAAGCAGGGGGUUGUGAUCCACCCCACCAGCGUGUUUGCCACUGACCCAGAGAUCCUCCACAUCCCUGAGGAGGACAGCAGAGAGACGGGGCCGGAUAGGAGAGAUAGCAGCAGACACCAGCUGUUAGCCUUUGUCACUCUGUUGGAGACCAACAAGCCGUAUUUGUCCAACUGUGUGCGGGCCCCUGCACUGCAGGCUCUGCUGCUGGUGGCUAACUCCAUAGACACGAACGCUGACUGCAUGCGUCUGGUUGUGGACGGCUGGCUAGAGUUGGAGCUGAGGGAUGCGGAGGCGGCCCUGAAGCUCCUGUCCACCGCCGUCACCCUCAGAGCCGAGUGGGAGCGCCUCCUGCUGGCCCAGCUGGGGCAGGGCGCGGCCGGGGGCUUGGCGGGACCAGGGGUGUCCCGCAGAGACAUGGAGAAGCUGAGCGACAGCCUGGUCCGCUUCCUGCUCUACACUGAGGUCAGCUACAGCCUUCGCCGGCUGACCGCUUUCCAGACCCAGAACCUGUAUGUUGGCCCUCAGGCCGAGCUGGAGCCAUCGCAGACCCAAGCUCCUAACCUCAACCCCCUGUUUCCAGGAGUGGAGGCCAAGCCCGACCCCAUUAAAGGAGGCCUCCGCGUCACCAGCUUCUUCACCUACAACUGUCUGGCUGACUCUCAGAAUCUGUACAGCGAGUGUAUGCGCACUUUCUGGAGCUGCCCGAACUGUGACCUGUACAUGCCCCUGACUCCACUGGAGCGCAUGCAGCACGAGGCCUCCUGCAGGCCAGCAGCAGAACAGCAACAGCCGGAAGGAGAGUCAGAGAGUAAGAAGCCGAGCACCUCGUCCAUGUCCGGUCUGGGCAGAGUUUAUCACUGUGACGUGUGUAAUGAAGACUUGACCCUCACCUCCACAGAGAUCCUCAAACACAAGAGACAACACAUGUACUCUGCCAGGUGACCUUUGACACGCCACGAAAGAACCGCUGUGCAUCUUAUCUUGUGUCAAGACUCUUUGCUGUAAAUCGAAUCUAACAUUUUUUCAGGAA